AUGCCUGCCACGACCCUUCCCUCAGCACCUCGAUGGAUCCCACCCCCGCCAACCAAGAAGGACCUGGAUUGGGCCGACCUGCCGAUCAUCGACUUCUCAAAAGCGAGCACGCCCGAGGGGCGCGCGGAGCUUGCGCCCCGUGUAUGCGACGUGAUGCGUACUGUCGGCUUCAUGUGCUUAGUGAACCAUGGGUUAACCAAGGCUCAGACUGAUCGCUUCUUCGAUAUUGGAGAAGUGGUUUUCACUCAAGUCUCAGAGGACGAGAGGAUGCAGCACGCAUCGAAACUCGCUGAGGAGGGCUCGAAAAUCGGCUACAAGCCUCGCGCGCUCUGGACCAUAGAUAACGGAGUACGCGACCAACACGAACAGUACGCAUUGCACCGCACGGUCUUUGGUGGGCAAAAGCACCCGAAGGCGCUGGAGCCGUUCCUUCCAGAACUGCGUGCGUUCUGCGAGCACAACCACUACAACGUCCUUCACAACAUCCUUCGCCUCCUCGCCAUAGGGAUGGAGAUUGAUGAAGAGACGUUCGUCAAGAUGCACGGCUUCGACGCUGUCGGGGACUCUCAUGGCACGUUUCUUUACGCGAACUACCCGCGCACAGCAGAGGAAGAAUCAAAGACGAACAGCGUUUGGCUUAAGGGACACACAGACACGGGAACCGUGACGAUCCUUUACAGCCAGCCCAUCGCCGCUUUACAAAUCUUGUCACCCGACGGAAAAUGGCGCUGGGUCAAACAUAUCGAGAACGCGCUCGUGGUCAAUAUCGGCGAAUCGUUGGAGAUGCUCUCCGGCGGGUUCUACAAGGCGACUAUCCAUCGCGUCGUGCAGCCUCCCAUGGACCAACGCGGUCUCGUGCGACUCGGGGCAUACUACUUCGCGCUAGCGGACGACGACGUGAAGCUUGUCCCCGUCAAGAGUCCAGUGCUUGAGGAAGAGGGUGUCGUUCGCAAGUUCGAAGACGAUGUCGCGCCGACGAUGGGGGAGUGGCGGAAGAUGCGCUACAUGGCAUAUGGGUUGAAGAAAGCGAUCGGCACUGACAAGGCGACUCAAGAGCAAAUCGUUGACAAUGGUGUGCAGAUAUUGAAGUACUACAAUUGAACGCUCGAUCUCGGCCAGGCAGCG